AUAAGGUGGUCAUUAUUGAAAGGUUGUCAGUUUAAUCAAACCAUUGGUUAAAAAAUGAUGUUCUUAUUAGUUAUUGGAUGUUUGAUAAGUUCAACCAGUUGUUUUGGCUUUGGCAGUUUAAAUAAUGUAUUUAUUCAUGGGGGAACCAAUACUACAGUUAAUUCGCGGCAAUACCAGGUUUCGAUUCAAACUGCUGGGGAUUUCGCCUGUUCUGGAGCUUUAGUUAAACCUGGAUGGGUUUUAACGAUCGCCUCUUGCGUUUCUGGGUAUGAUCCAAACGAUGUUUUGGUGAGGGCAGGCAGCGAUAAAAGGGAUCGAGACGGCGUGACGAGAAAUGUCAAAAACCUAGUAAUUCACCCAAAUUUUACGAUCAGCGACAACGAUUACGACCUGGCCGUGUUGGAAUUAUCCAAGCCGUUUACGUUAACCAAACGCGUCAAGCCGAUAAGAUUAGCGAACAGACGUGUCCAGCCGAAGGAUAAAGUGUACCUCUCCGGAUGGGGUGAGGACGAGAACGGGAGUCAAGGCAAGUUCAAAAAACUUGAGCUGACAGUACUAAGUAAAAGUGAAUGCCACAAGAAAUACAAACAAGAUCAUCUCAGCGAAAGGAUGCUGUGCGCCUGGCGUGAUGCCGUCAACGCCCCUUGUUGGAACGAUUUUGGAGAUCCACUUCACAACGAAUGGAACACGCUCGUCGGAUUUUAUUCCUGGACAAGAGAGUGCAAAAAGUACCCAUCGGUUUACACAGACCUCCACCCUUUGAGAGAAUGGGUUCAAAAAUAUGUACCUAACAAAUAGGUUUCUAUUUUUUGUUUAAAUAAAUAAUACAUUUAUUUUUUAUGA